CUCGGAUCUUCGGCCCCCCCCCAAAAUGGCGUGUGAGGCUGCGGGGACGCGCUGAGCAGCGGAGGCAAGCGUGCAGAGCCGCCGCGGCCCUUACAGUCCGGAACCCCGCCGGGCCCUGCUGCCGGGAACAUGCACUUUUCCAUUCCCGAAACCGAGUCCCGCAACGGGGACAGCGGCGGCUCCGCCUACGUGGCCUAUAACAUUCACGUGAAUGGAGUCCUGCACUGCCGGGUGCGCUACAGCCAGCUCCUGGGGCUGCACGAGCAGCUUCGGAAGGAGUAUGGGGCCAAUGUGCUUCCCGCAUUCCCCCCAAAGAAACUUUUCUCUCUGACGCCUGCAGAGGUGGAACAGAGGAGGGAGCAGUUAGAGAAGUACAUGCAAGCUGUUCGGCAAGACCCAUUGCUUGGGAGCAGCGAGACCUUCAAUAGUUUCCUGCGUCGGGCACAACAGGAGACACAGCAGGUCCCCACAGAAGAGGUCUCCUUGGAAGUGCUUCUCAGCAAUGGGCAAAAAGUUCUGGUCAACGUGCUAACUUCAGAUCAAACUGAGGAUGUCCUGGAGGCUGUGGCUGCAAAGCUGGAUCUUCCAGAUGACUUGAUCGGAUACUUUAGUCUCUUUCUAGUUCAAGACAAAGAGGAUGGAGCCUUUUCUUUUGUACGGAAGUUGCAAGAGUUUGAGCUGCCUUAUGUGUCUGUUACCAGCCUCCGGAGUCAAGAAUAUAAGAUUGUGCUGAGGAAGAGUUAUUGGGACUCUGCCUAUGACGACGAUGUCAUGGAGAACCGGGUUGGCCUGAACCUGCUUUAUGCUCAGACGGUGUCAGAUAUUGAGCGUGGUUGGAUCCUGGUCACCAAGGAACAGCAUCGGCAGCUUAAAUCUCUGCAAGAGAAGGUCUCCAAAAAGGAAUUCCUGCGGCUGGCCCAGACCCUGCGGCACUAUGGCUACCUGCGCUUUGAUGCCUGUGUGGCCGACUUCCCAGAGAAGGACUGUCCUGUGGUGGUAAGCGCAGGCAACAGUGAGCUCAGCCUCCAGCUCCGCCUCCCUGGCCAGCAACUCCGUGAAGGCUCCUUCCGGGUCACCCGCAUGCGGUGUUGGCGGGUCACCUCCUCAGUGCCAUUGCUCAGUGGAAGCACAAACAGCCCAGGUCGGGGCCGGGGUGAGGUGCGCCUGGAACUGGCUUUCGAAUACCUCAUGAGCAAGGACCGACUACAGUGGGUCACCAUCACCAGCCCCCAGGCCAUUAUGAUGAGCAUCUGCCUGCAGUCCAUGGUAGAUGAACUGAUGGUGAAGAAGUCUGGCGGCAACAUCAGGAAGAUGCUGCGCCGGCGGGUGGGGGGCACCCUGAGACGCUCAGACAGCCAGCAAGCAGUGAAGUCCCCACCACUGCUUGAGUCACCUGAUGCCAGCCGGGAGUCCAUGGUCAAACUCUCAAGCAAGCUGAGUGCUGUGAGUUUGCGGGGGAUUGGCAGUCCCAGCACUGAUGCCAGUGCCAGUGAUGUCCACGGCAAUUUCGCCUUCGAGGGCAUUGGAGAUGAGGAUCUGUAACCCACUGCUUGGAUGUCAUGUCAGCCCUCCACGCCAGAGGAAUAUACAGAAACUUGCCCUGUGCCUGUAUCCCCAAGCUGGGGGGUCUUUAUCUUCCUCCCUCCUACUUUCCCCUUUUCUCCCGUUGGCCAGGGGCCUCCUAACCAACUUUUCCUUCUCCUUCCCCUGGGCUGGCUACACAAAGGACUCCCCCCUCCCCUCCUUUUUUUUUUUCAGAGCUGGCCCUCAAUGCCAAAUUAGCAUUAGUAUUUUGCACAAAAUCCAAGGGACCAUGGCUACACGCCUUGGGAGGAGUUAGUCUGUUCUCCUCCUCCUCCCCCCACCCCUGGCUGCUUCUGGCUUCUGGCCAUAGGUCAAGGGGAUGGGCAGAGGUCUUUGUAUGGUCUGGCCCAGCUCCCUAUCAUUAAACUCAGCCUGAUUGCUGCCUA